CGCAACCCACUAAACUGGGAUUCGGGAGUGAGGACAGGCAGGAAUAUCUUUCCUCUCGAAAGCUAUCUUGUUCCGACUAAAAGCUGCUUGAAUAGUUGGCUAUGUCAGAUUGUGGGCACACGCCACACUGACCUUUUCUCAUCCUCAAUUACUGCAUUGGCUGUAAUGUAGUAUAAUUGUUUUUUUGUAUGGACAUUUUUGCAAUCUCUUCCGUAUUUCUGUUUGGAUUUUAUUGGCUAGGAAACGAAGGAAACGAUCGCCACUUUUAGACCAAGGCAUCGAAGAUUCUCCUAUUAGAUAAAGAUUUCUCGGAUUUGCACAGAGCAUAAACAAGACUUUCGGGGGAUUUAGGCUAAUUGUUCAAAUGGACAUUUUUCCAAUCAGUGAACAAAAACCGUUUUCGCGCAUAUUUCUCGAUAUCAUGCAAACUUAACAAAGCUAUAUUUUAUGAAGGAACUCGGUCCCCUUCAUUUUGAAUUGUAUUUUGAACUGUGAAUUUAACGUCUAUAUUAGCCAUGGGUUAUGAUCUGUAAUAUUUUGGUCACAUUAUCACUGUGCCAAUUACACGCUGCUAUGGCAAACUGGAGUAACCGCAAUAUUGUAGAAAAGUAUAUUUGUCACAAACUCUUCAAACGGGGAUAUGAGUGGGUAUUCGACGACGAAGAAGAAGAAGAUAGUGCCAAUAAUGGUUCAAUGAUUUCUGCUUCCCAGCCGGUUCUGGCGCGGCGGUGUCACGGAGCGGACGUCGAACCGGACAGCAUCCCUCAUAAUUCUAAGAAGGUCGCACAAUCUGAUCCGCAUGCUGCCAUCCACAGAGUUUUACGUGAAGCUGGAGACGAACUCGAAAGGCUUUAUCAGCCCGAUUUUGCAGAAAUGUCACAUCAACUGUAUCUCACAACCUCUAUAGCGGAGCGGAGAUUCACUGAGGUGAUAGAUGAACUGUUUAGGGAUGGGGUGAAUUGGGGAAGGAUUAUUGCGUUCUUUGAGUUUGGGGGGACAAUAUGCGUGGAGUGCGUGAGCAAGGAGAUGACAUCGCAAGUGGAUCACAUCGCGGCGUGGAUGACAGAAUACCUAAAUGGACCACUUCACAACUGGAUCCAGGAGAACGGGGGAUGGGAGGCCUUCGUGGAGCUGUAUGACAGACAGAGGGAUUCUGUGUUCGGUUGCUCUUGGCCCUCCAUUAAGACUGUGUUCGGCCUGGCCGCGCUGGGAGCUGCCAGCCUCACUAUCGGAGCAUACCUCACCCAGAAGUGAAAGAAGCCUCCUUGCUCCCCCUUUCUUUCUUUCUUUCUAUCGCUUCCCUUCUUCUCUAACCCCCCUGCCUGCCUCCCUCCCUCCCUCGCUACUCUUUACUUUCAAAGGGCACCCCUGCCCCCUCGGAGACACUGGCGGAUCCCAAACUUGCCUCUCUUCAAAGCUUCCAUUCCUCUCUCUCUCUCCCCUUGCUCUGGAACACUCCCUCCUUCCUGAACCUCGCCACUUCAAAACAAAGACACAAAUCAAACAACAGCACGGAAACAGACUCCACUGCCCACACAGAAUAAAAGAUGUAAUGAAAGGCGUCAGAUAAACUGUAAUCAGAGGAAAAGUUGAAGGCAGCGGGGGACUUGAAAAAGAGUGUACGGGGGGGGAGGGGCUUGGCAUGUCUCUUUUUUUGUCCUGCUUGCAUUUGUACUAGUUUGAGCAUGAAGCUUUGUGUGUCGGUGCACCUGUAUAAACCGUAUAUGUAUCAGUGGGACUCACACCUGAGGCCUCCCCUGAAGGACUUGUAAAUCUGAGUGUGAGGACGGCCCCGAUUGGUUGGCUUGCACCAACCAGGAAGCUGGCCCUGCCUUGCCCCUGGAUGAUGGGGUGAGGAGCCCUGUUUGAACUGUGGACUCUGCAUACCCCCCUCCAGUUUCUCUUCAGAACAGCUCUCCAACAGCUGCUCAGAAUGUAUAAUGGAGGCAGCUCGCCUCUAUCGGCUCAGCAUGUAUGAGCAUCGCUGAACUCCAGCCAUGCAGUGUACAAAGCACUCAACAGAGCCCGUAGCGCACUUUGUAAAGUUUUGGACUGCUGUUGGACUGUAAAGCAGAUCUAGUUGCUUUUCACCAAUGUAAAUCCCUGCUGUUUUAUCACAGUUGGAGAAAGACAGGAGAGGAAAGGAAGGAAAAGAGAUGUCGAGUGAGUGAAUAGCAAAGGUAGCAGGAUGCCAGAAUUCCUGGCUUGACUAGACAUUACUGACAGGAAAAGGAGUAUAGUUUCCCAACAGUAAGCAGAUUUUAGAGACAAAAAAAAAGAAUACAGAUUCAUUCAUUCAACAGACAAAGUUAGAAAGAAUGCAAGAGUUCUGGGGCUACACUGAACAUAAAAGGACACACAUAUCAGGCAUGCAUUCCACAGGUUGAGAGUUUCUCUCUCCAGGUGUCUGACUGGAAGAGGAGGAAAUACUGUGUAACACCAGCAUGGCUCCUGUUUGAACCAACACUGACUUGUUGACUGUCUUAUUCUUACUUUCUUUGAACUGUUGGACACACUAGCUACUUGGAAAAGAGAUGGUAAACUGCCAAACCCUCCAUGAGCAUGUGUCCUCCAGCUGCUGCUGGCCUCUGAGGGAACCCAUGCGACUGAAAGGACAGUCCAUGUUUUGAGGCACCAUGCUAGACACAAACUCCAAAUCCCAGUGUGCACCUUUCUCAGUGUCUCCGUAGAGGGACUCCCAAGUGGAAUUCCAAGUAGCAAAAAUUAUUCAAUGUUGUUGGGUCUUACCCUGGCAUAGCCUCCUCAGAACCUGGAUGGAAGUCUACAUCCUACUGCUGCCUGGACGCUCAUGUGUACACUUGUUACGUGUAUGGUUUAUAUGUUUUAUAGGUGUUGGUCUUGCGUUGCAGUCAAAUUAUACAAUCACCAUAUCUGAAGGGUUGAUAUCCAUACUUACAGUAGACAGUACAUACAAUUCCAGUCACUGAAUAAAACAAAACUAAAUAUUAGACGUAAUGAACACACGCGUAUACAUCAAUAUAUUUAUGGUAGGAUAGAUGUUACAAUACUGAACAGAUUUUAUUUAUUAACCAGAUCACAGAUAAAGGUACCAGAUCACACAUGUGAAAGGAUAGGUCACCUUUUUUCUUUUCAGAAUGAUGGACAGACACUUAAUGUAUUCUUUACAAAUAACCUUUUAAUUGAGAACUUGCUGUAACAGUAGACUUUUUGGCUGCUAAUGUAUCAAAAGUAAAACAUUGUUGAGAAGUGAUCUGUAUUGUAUUAAUAUUGGCUUAUGGCUGCUACAGUGUCGAAUUCUGAUUAAACACAGCUAAAACUGCCACAAAAUUGUCAUACUAUAGAUGUAGAAUGCUGUAUACCAAAGUUAACUCAGUAACCUUAUUGAAUGAUGAGUAGCUUCACUUAUAAAAUAUGCCAAUUCAUUUUCACUUUAAAAGAUUGCUGCGUGACAUUUUGCAAACAUGGAAAGAUGGAAGCGUUGCAAUUUUGACCAAGCUUGGCAUACUGUAAUAUAACAUUUCUGAUACUGUAGUAUCACACAAUGCAUCCAGCUUGUCUUUUGCGCUUUCACAAUAACAUGUACAGUUGUAAAUGUUGUGUUCACAGAAAGGCUAUCCUCUCAAGUCUGCAGUUGUGAAGUGUACAGUCUAUGUUGUUCUGCUGUGUUUCUGUUCAUAGUAGGAUAUGGACAGUAGGUUUGUGAGAGGUAACCAACACGAGUGAGUGUGUGUGACGUGUCACAGUUGCCCGAUGUUGAUUGAUUCUCCCAGUAGCACGACAGUCUCUCUGCUCCUGAAGUACAAACAAAAGCUUCACCGAUGGAUCGAGAUAAGAAGGAAAAAAGAGGCUUAGAUCUGUUCUUUGAGGAAGAAAAGCAGUUAAGAGCCAUUUUUAUGUUCCCCUGUUAAUUCUGCAUUUAUGAAUGUAGGCACCAUGGUUGCUGUACUUUUGUAUAUUAUCUCCAACCUGUAGCACUUACAAAGUGAGACGUGUUUCCUUUGUUUACUGCUAUGUAUCCACAAUAAGCUAGCAGGUCCUACUGUUCCAAAUAAACCUGGUGUCUUUCCUG